AUGGACUAUAACAAUCCCGUGCCAUUUCUAAGCUCUUCUGGAGAUAGUUUUUUGACCGGAUUACAACCAUCCCAGUUAUUGGAGUAUGGUGGGAUUAUGUUUGCGUCAUCACUGCAGGAACGUGGCACCUCCGCUGCCGUAUGGCUGCCUCUAGGACGGGACGGCGAGAUCAUGUUUGCGCCAUCAUUCAAAAAUAUCGACUCUGAAUAA